UAUAUAUAUAUAUAACUCAUUGUGCCAUACUUAUCCGGUCUUCUUUUUACAGUGGAAAUGAGAGAUGCAUUGCCUGCUCAUUUUCUGACAAAGAUUGAAUCUUUCUCGUUACUGCUUGAAUACGGCAUUGAUAAAUACGAAACAAGAGAAUUCGAAGCCGGAGGUCUUAAAUGGAGACUUAUAAUCUACCCCGACGGCGAUGAGUAUGAAAAUAAAGAAAAAGGCCAUCAUAUUUCUGUAUACUUGGCCUUGUCUGACAUUAGUUCUUUGUCUGCGGAUUGGGAGUUUAAUGUUGUCUUCACCAUAUUUCUUUAUAAUCAAAUUUUAGACAAAUAUCACUGUUUUAGAGGUAACUAGUUUAUCCCUUACGUUGUUCCUUAUAUAAUUUUACCCAUGAAAAAACAAUUAGUUUGAGUGUAAAAUUCAUUUUCAUCCCUAAGGUUCGCACUCAAUUUUGAAUUAGUCCAUAAAGUUUUAUUUAACUUCAAUUUUGUCCUCCAACCCUUAUUUUAGCGCCAAAUCUCAUGGAAAUUCAGAUACUCCAAGACUAACUUUACUCUUCACCAACAAUUUCUGUAAGACGGCAAACCAAUCCCUAUAGAACAUUAUUUUUAUGUAUUUUUUUUUUAUGGUUUUUUGUGAUGAACGCAUAGUAUUUUUUUUUUAUUGGAUAUAGUAUACUGGUUAUUUAAAUCAAGACGCCAAUAAAUUAAUGAUGAAUCAUGGUUAUAAUAUGUUGCUUGAAAUAAAAAAAAAAU